AAACUACCACCAUUUUCUUAACUCUCAUUAACGAACUUAUACUAUAUAACACAACCUUAACACACACAUACAUUUCAGACACUAGAGUUAUUGAGUUUUGACUUGUUAAACCACAAACUAACUAAGGCUUUUUUUGUUACUUCUUGAUAUUAUUAUUUUCCGGUGAAGAUAUGGACCGAUCAACGCCGGAUCAUGCCUCGUCGUCGUCAUCUUCCUCCUCUUCUUCCUCACACAAGCGUCUAAGCGUGAGCUUUCUUGUUUCUAUAAUGGUUAUUUGCGCUAGACAUGCAAAUCGGCUCUCCAAGAAGCUAAAGCUGAAGCCGAAGAAGCGAACUCGCAGCGGCGGAGACGGUACUGUAGGAGAAAGAUUCCGAUGGAAUCUAACAAGCUCGCCGCUGAGGUCUCCUCGGACUAAAGAGUUGUUCACGGCUUUGAGCAACAAGGCGAUGACGAUGGUCGGACGGAAAAACAUGGCGGCGAUGGAGGAGGAGCACGGUCUUUGGCAGAGAGAGAUUUUGAUGGGAGGCAAAUGUGAGCCGUUGGAUUUCUCCGGUGUGAUUUAUUACGACUGCAACGGACGGCUGUUAAACGAGGUUCCUCCGAGAUCGCCACGUGGCACUCUGUUACCCGUUUACCCGACAAUUUCUUGAGCCGGGUCGCCGUUAAACCCGAGGGGAAACGAAUGAUUUUGAUGCGGCUUCGUUAAUGUAUGAACGCGAACGUUGUUGAUUAGGCAGCGAAACGGAAUUAUGUAAAUAUAAGAAUGUUAUUUGUAUACUAUAUGAUAUGAUAAAAUCCAUAUUAUCCCAUUAAGUUGUUUUGUCA